AACGUUUGAGAGGGUGGACCUGCUUCCGGACGCUGUCAGCUGUUAGCACCGCAUCGACUGCAAUGAGUUUUGAGUGGCCCUGGCAGUAUAAUUUCCCUCCGUUUUUUACGCUACAGCCAAAUGUUGACACCAGACAGAAACAGCUGGCGGCGUGGUGUUCCCUGGCUCUGUCCUACUGCCGGCAUCACAAGCUCUACACCCUGGACGUUAUGGAGGCUCAGGAAAGCCCUGUGUUCAACAACAAGAAGAUAGAGCGAAAACUAUCAAUUGAAGCAAUUCAGGUUGUGUUCGAAGAGCUGAGGAAAAAAGGGAACCUUGAGUGGUUGGACAAAAACAAAUCUCGGUGUUUGGUCAUGUGGAGACGACCAGAGGAAUGGGGAAAGUUAAUAUACCAGUGGGUUUCCAAAAACGGCAUGGUCAACUCUGUGUUUACACUUUAUGAGCUGUCCAACGGUGAUGACACGGAAGGAGAAGACUUCCACGGUCUAGAAGAGUGGAUGCUGCUGCGCUCCUUGCAGGCUUUACAGACAGAAGGCAAAGCGGAGAUCAUCACCAUGGAUGAUGGAAAAGGUGUCAAGUUCUUCUGAAACGGUGCUGGAAUCCCUCUCACUCUGUCCGGGAACCCUCAUACUGUACCUUUUACAGGCAAAUUUUAAAGUUUAGCCACUUAAGGCUACUCAAGGUGCACCUCGAUGUCCAGCUGAUGGAUGCUGGUCCUGUAAUUGUUGCCUUUUGGUUCAAAGCCUUUUUCUCAUUGGAAGAGAACCAAUAUCAUAUCUUUAAGUGUUUGGGCAUAAAGAGCAUUUUGAGGUGACGCUGUGUUGUCACGGGUGACAUUUGUUGCCAUUUAAACAUGCAAUGAGUCUAUCAGGGGACUAAAUACUAUUAUGUUUGAAUACUUCAGGGGAAAUCUUUCCCCGCCAGCUGUAACUUUACUCCUUUGUUGUAAAAAUGCAACUAGUUUUAUUCCCAUUUUCUCUGUUAACAAAUCUACUCUGUAUAAUUAGCUGUGGACCUUUGGUCGCCUGUUGUUCCUCUGUUCCUCCAUGCAGACAUCCCAAAGAAAUCCCGGAACACAACACCAGAGGGACUUAUUUUUAUUUUGAGAAGUAAUACUUCCAGAAGCGGAACACCACAGAGACUCAGGCCAGUCCUGCUCCCAUCAGCUGAGUGUAAUAAUAGUGGACUCCAUGUACAGUUUGCUGUCUUCAUAUUAUUGUGCAGUAGCUACUGUGACGCUCCUGUUAUCUGUCACUCUGUCUAUAUCCAACCUCUUUUUUUCAUAUCCCGUAGGAAAAAUAAAUUAGAAAUUUCUUACA